AUGCGCGCCGGCAUCGCGGUCCUGCCGAGUCUGUGGAAGGACACCGCGGGCGAGGAUGCGGGCUUCGCAUCGGGCAAUUGCUUCGCGAUCUGCGACGGUGUCGGUUGGUACGCCCGGGACGGCAUCGACGCGGGGGAGUUUUCAAGGGAGCUCGUGGCGAGUCUGCAGGAGAACGAGGCGCUGGCGAGGGGCGAGGCCGGGCUCGUGGAGGCGCUCGACGAGGCGCACGAGAGCGCGCUCUCUCCGGGCGGGAGCACGUGUUUGCUCGGGCGCGUGGUGCCGUGGGAGGUGGAGGACGACUACCUGACGCUGCAGCUGCUCAACCUCGGGGACUGCAACGUGCUGGUGCUGCGCAACGGGGUGCCCAUCCCGGAGACCCCGCUGACGCCGCGCCUGCACGCGUGGAACCAGCCCUACCAGCUCACAGGCAUCGCCGAGGACCCCGACGCACUCACCGACUACGCAGAGGAUGGUGAGGAGGCGGACAUCGUAGUUCGCCCCGGUGACAUCAUCGUCGCCGGAUCUGACGGGUUGUUCGAUAACGUGUGGCCGGACGAGAUCGCGACCGUCAUCGCGGAGCACGUGCGCGCCGGCGCCGGGUUCCCGGUGCCCGUCGGCGCCCUCGUUGCGGAGGCGCAGGGUGGGGGCGCGCAGAAGCCGUUCGGGAACCUGCCCGGGUGGAUGCAGCGCAUGCAGGCGCCCACCCGCGUCAUGCCCGCCGCCGACCCGGAGCUGGCGACGAUGGCUCUGGAGGGGACGUGGGAGCCGCAGCACGCAGCCGAGGAGCUGGCGGCGCUGGCGCAGGCCAACGCGGACGACGAGACCUAUCACAGCCCGUACUUCGAGGGCAUGAAGGAGCAAGGGCAGGUGCCCUUCCCCUACUUUGGCCCCGGCGGAGGGAAGGCUGACGACACGACUGUCGUUGUCGCUGUUGUGGUAUGA